AGAGCAUCACGGAGGCUCCGUGAAAAACACCCUGACACACAGUCACGAUGCCGAACAAAACCAAGAAGGAAAAGGAAACGACCAAAUCUGCCAAAAGCAGCACGAAGAACAGCAACAGCAGCGGCGGGAAAGAUGCCGCCACAGAGAACUCAGACGAGUCCCAGCAGCAGCAGAGUGGCAGUAAGCGUCCCAGUAACAGCACCCCCCCUCCCACUCAGCUCAACAAGAUCAAAUACUCCGGAGGUCCUCAGCUGGUGAAGAAGGAGCGGCGCCAGAGCUCGUCCCGCUUCAGCCUGACCAAGAACAGGGAGCUGCAGAAGCUGCCUGCGCUCAAAGAUGCCCCUCCGGUGGACCGCGAGGAGCUGUUUGUGCAGAAGCUGCGUCAGUGCUGCGUGCUGUUCGACUUCGUCAGCGACCCGCUCAGCGACCUCAAGUACAAGGAGGUGAAGAGGGCGGGGCUCAACGAGAUGGUCGAGUACAUCACACACAACAGUGACGUGGUGACCGAGUCCAUCUACCCCGAGGCCGUCAUCAUGUUUUCAGUGAACUUGUUUCGGACUCUUCCUCCAUCCUCCAACCCGACCGGAGCCGAGUUUGAUCCUGAGGAGGACGAACCGACGCUGGAGGCCGCCUGGCCUCACCUGCAGCUGGUGUACGAGUUCUUCCUUCGCUUCCUGGAGUCUCCAGACUUCCAGCCAAACAUCGCCAAAAAAUAUAUCGACCAAAAGUUUGUACUGUCGCUGCUGGAGCUGUUCGACAGCGAGGACCCCAGAGAGAGAGACUUCCUCAAGACCAUCCUGCACCGGAUCUACGGCAAGUUCCUCGGCCUCCGAGCCUACAUCCGCCGCCAGAUCAACAACAUCUUCUACAGAUUUAUCUACGAGACAGAACAUCACAACGGCAUUGCUGAGCUGCUGGAGAUACUGGGGAGUAUAAUCAACGGCUUUGCUUUACCACUGAAAGAAGAACACAAGAUGUUUCUGAUCCGAGUUCUUCUGCCGCUCCACAAAGUCAAGUCUCUGAGCGUCUACCACCCACAGCUGGCGUACUGCGUGGUGCAGUUCCUGGAGAAGGACAGCAGUCUGACGGAGCCGGUGAUCAUGGGUCUGCUGAAGUUCUGGCCGAAAACUCACAGUCCGAAGGAGGUGAUGUUCCUGAACGAGCUGGAGGAGAUCCUGGAUGUCAUCGAGCCGUCGGAGUUCGUCAAAGUCCAGGAGCCGCUCUUCAGACAGCUUGCCAAGUGUGUCUCCAGCCCACACUUCCAGGUGGCAGAGAGAGCUCUUUAUUACUGGAACAACGAAUACAUCAUGAGUCUGAUCAGUGAUAACGCCGCCAAGAUCCUCCCCAUCAUGUUUCCCGCCCUCUACAAGAACUCCAAGAGCCACUGGAACAAGACGAUCCACGGUCUGAUCUACAACGCUCUGAAGCUCUUCAUGGAGAUGAACCAGAAACUGUUUGAUGACUGCACACAGCAGUACAAGGCUGAGAAGCAGAAAGAGAAAUACAAACUGAAGGAGAGAGAGGAGAUCUGGCACAAGAUAGAGGAGCUGGCAAGACAGAACCCACAGAGUAAUAAGCUCCACCCUCUUCGCCCUGGACUCCACCCACAGGACGAGUACAUGUUGUACAGUGACAGCUCUGUGGCUGUGUACUCGAUGGAAACAGAGACUCCGACAGCUGAAGACAUUCAGCUGCUGAAGAAGACUGUGGAGACUGAGGCUUCACAGGGUCUGAAGGACCUGAAGAAGGACAAGGUCCUGAUGAGGAGGAAGUCGGAGCUGCCGCAGGACGUCUACACCAUCAAAGCUCUGGAGGCUCACAAGAGAGCCGAGGAGUACCUGACAGCCAAUCAGGAGGCUCUCUGACCGGGGGGAGCCGCCCCUUCUGAACCCCCCCCCUCCUGUGCGUCUCUCUGGGGAGGAAGUUGAAGCUGUCGUGGAGAAACUGGUCAGGGGUCGGCUCAGGGCGGAGCUGACGCUGCGUUCAAAGAAAAAAAGAAAAAAGAGAAGCCUCUCAUCUCUGCCCCCGUUGGCCGACAACAAGUAGGACACUCUGUAGAAGCUCGUCCGUCCACAUGGUGUUUGACGUGUCAGCGGUCCCGUGUGAUGAUGUCAUCAGCUUCCUGUUGCACCUUCAUCUCCGCUUCACACACCUGCUGCUGUUUGUUGAAACUGUGCCACGCUGUUAACGAGCGGUAGACCUGAACGCAGCAUCAGGUCCCCGAAUGCAUCACCAACAGGCCUUUUCCACAGUGGGAACGAGACCGCCUGGAGCUUCAGGUGUUUCCACUGGUUCUGGUUCUGGCAAGUUAAGACAAGUCUACAUUUAAAGACACAUCUCCUCAGUGACCGUCUCCGUCCAGACUAAACCGUUCCAAACCAGACUAGUCCAGUCCAAACCAGUCCAACCUUUUCAAACCAGACCAGACCAACCAGUCCAAACCAUUUCAAUCCAGACCAGACCAGUCUCCAGAUAAAAGAGAAUCAGUUGCAUUUAUCACAGUGGAAACACAAAGCAGAACCAAGUACCUGAACCUCACCGGUUCUCCAGGUUCUCCUGGUUCUCCAGGUGACGUGAGGCUCCAGGUUGAAGCUCGUUAAAAAGUUCCUGAAGUGGAAAACCGCUCCAGCACUUCACCUCUGUCCCGCGACACCUGAAUGCAGCACAGAUGAGUUCACUGGCUCUCUCAGUUCUCCGACAGCAGCUUCACUCCAGAGCCCCACCCCCUUCCACCUGAUCCGACCAAUCACCUGUCAGCCUGUAUCUGAGGUGGACUCCAGACUGAAGCAGCUUUAGACAGACGAUGAUGAAGAUGAUGAUGAUGACGAUGACAAGGAGACACAGUGAAUGUAGACGUCCAAUCAGCAUCCUGUAAAUCCAGAGGAACCCAAAAAGUUUGAUUCCAACAUGAUUUUGUUUUGAUGUUUCUGGUUUGUUUGUUUUAUUUUGAAGUGGGCGUGACCGUGACGCCUCGUCAGUGAGUUUCAACCAAUGAGAGACGGCGUUUGCACGAGGACUCGUUUCCUGUCCGCACCGGUUCAGUGUUGUUUCAUCCCUCGUCCACUCAGAGCACUUAACAAGAAAAACCUGAUCCGAAUGUUUCAUUAGACAUGUAGCCGUCACUCGUCAGGUCAGAGGUCAAACACAGACUCCUCCUCCAUCAGAGACACAUUCAGGGGUUAUAGGAAAUUAUGCAACUGAAGAAGAAGCUCAGAUGUGAGCUGCUCCGGGUGUUUCCGUGUGAAUCCUCACGUCAGUGUUUGUUGAAGAAACUGUCAAAUAAAUUUAUUACAUUUAUGAAUCCACAUUGACGACCUCACGCCCCUCCCCCACAGGUUUGUUGUUACAGUCCGAGUCCUGUUUUACCUCUGGUUUGUCCUGAUGUUUCUCUCUCCGAGCUGCAUCGAUCGACGACAUACAAUUAAAUCUGUAAAUGAAGGUCAAAUUUAAAUCAGACCGAAAAAAAACGAGUCGCUGCAACACAACAGACAAACAAACAAACAGACAAACAAACAAAUAAACAAAGACACAUUCCCGCUGCAUCUCUGCUGUUUACCUCACGACAGAAGAUAAAGUAACUGCUGACAUCCGUCUGAAGAGUUUUGUGUUGAACGUCUUGGAAAUCGUUGAAUUCAGCUCCGUCAACUAAAGACCUAAAGUAGGUCUUAGGCUCCGCCCACACUGCUACGUUUUCAUUUCAAAACUCACUUCUGCUACGUUUCCUUCUCCCAUCCACACGACUCUGGAGUUUUGGAAACUCUGCUGGACCAGUUUUAUUUUGAAAACCCUGGGGUUGUGUUUUAUUUUGAAAA